CUGGACGACGACGCGUUACGAGGUGAGUGACGGAACGCAACUUCCCGAAUGCUGGAUGUGUCGGAGGGUGCUGCAAGAGUGACAUCGACAAGUACUAGUAAUCGAAUAUUCGGCGAUGGCCUCUCCUUCUAUGUCGGCCUCCCGCCUAGCGUCCUCGCCUCAAACGGAAGUCACCACAGAGUGUCGGAAGCUGGCGCAAGAUGGUUGCGGACGUUUGGAGUCGAAGGAUCUAGGAGUGAAUGCCCAAGUCAAGCCCCAGGGAGAGCACUUUGUCGACGGUAUACCGGUAGUCGUUAGUUUUGGACGUUUUCUACCACUUCAACAUUGGUGCUGUGGAAGAAAUCCUCUGAAGCAGCCGUGACUGCUAAUCCGUGUAAGCCCUGCUCCUGCCUAGACAGAAAUCUCUCGAGUUGUCCUAACGUCAAAUAUCUCUAUUUACAAGAUGGCAACAUCCAAUACCUGUCUAGUAAUCUCUUCCACAAUUCCACAAUGCUAAGAGGAGUGUCUCUGGGCAAUAAUUCUCUGGGGGAAUUGCCCGCUGGUAUUUUUGAGAAGGCUGUCAACUUGAAGGAUAUAAGCCUGCAAUACAAUUCCCUUACACAGCUGCACAGCGGCACGUUUGAGAAGAACAUCAAGUUAGCUAGACUGAGACUUUCACGCAAUUGUCUAAAGAGUCUACCUCCUCAUCUAUUUGACAAUCUUCCAUCACUGGAAAAAGUGUCCCUGGCUAGUAAUUAUCUCACUGAACUACCGGCUGAAAUUUUCAAGAAAAAUACCAAGUUGGAAGAACUGCGGCUGAAUCGAAACCAGUUGAUAAGCUUGCCUUCUCACCUGUUUGACAACCUUGGAUCGCUGAUAUAUAUGCGGAUUGGUCGAAACCGGCUAACAAGCUUGCCUGCUCACCUUUUUGACAACCUUGGAUCGUUGACCUUUCUAUCACUGAGUAUCAAUUUUCUCAGGGAAUUGCCCGCCGGUAUUUUCGACAAAAACAUCAACUUGAAGGAGCUGCGGAUUGCAAGCAAUGAGGUUUCAAGCCUACCACCUCAUCUAUUUGACAAUCUUGGAUCCUUGACCCUCCUCUCUAUGCGCCGCAACUCCUUGUCACUGGACUUCAGGCUAUGCACAUUCAAUAUUGCUAGGUAUAACAUCGAUGAUAUGUCAGCUUUCUUGGUCGACUCCGACGUCCAAACUUACCUCGACAGCAAUCUCACAACGCCAUUUUGCUCCAGUUCUUGUGAGAACAUACCUGGAGAAGAGCAAUCCUGUCCUCCUGCCUUGAAGUGCACUGGUACUGUAUCCAGCUAUACCUGUGUGGAACUCCUCCCUGUUCAAGUAACAGUGCAAGAUACCACCAUGAUGCCAACGACCAGACCAGACAGGUUCAGCAGGGCUGCAACAACGACAAGCGCGACUGCAAUUUCGGUUGGACUGGGUCUCGGCGUGACGCUUAUCUUCAUUAUCACAUUGGCAUUUCUGAUACCCAAGCCACCGGAGCGCCCUGCAAAAGCUACUAUAGCCACCAAUGACCAUGCAACUGUAAAUCACAUCCAGACAGGUCCAUCGCAGGGAUACGAAACUACCAGCUCGCAAACCACUUCUCAGACACGGUCAGACUCAGCUGUCGUCAAAGAUAAUCCAUAUUUUUUCUUAGAGGGUAGCAGUAACACUGCAGAAAGUUGCAGCAGUCAAAAGCAGCAAAUCCUCAAUAUUGCGCCGUAUGCACGACCGAGUCUUUCCUCCGACCAGCCUCCAGAGUUGCCGCCAAUGUCGCCUAACCAUAAGCGCCGGUCACUUGCGAAGAUGGCAUUGAACUGUUCCAUGCUGCCAGAUAACGUCACUGCCAAGCAGCGUGGCAGCACCAGCGUGAUGGCGCGGUUCAGUACAACCACGUGUGUCAGCCAUGACUGCGUUCUACAGGACCUUGUCAGCACAUGCACAGCGCUUGGAGGCAGUGAGUGCUCACUCGUCAAUUUGCCCUCUCCCUAUGCUAUUCUACAGCAAGAAAACAUGUACACAGCUGCAGCUGCCGCUAAGAACGCUAUGAAUAUGGAAAUCCCCCCAGGUAAUAUGGGAACUCCCCCUGGUCACAUGCACAUGCACAGGCAUAGUGUAUUUUUUGAUAGUAGAGAGGAUAGUAGGGACGACGACGAUGAUGGGCAGACUGGCAUCUAUGCCAAAGCAGACGAGUCUGAUCUUACGCCUGUUUUUGUCAUGGAUUCCGCCCCAGGCAACGUGUUAGUGCCAGCUACAGCAGAUCCCAGUGCGGCCUAUGAGCGUGUCCUUGCUAGAGCUAGUACACAACUAAGCAUGGUUGAUGGUGAGCAUGACGAUGAUGAGCAGCCCAUAUAUGGCAAUGCCGACGAGUCUGAUCUUAGCCCUGUUUCCGCCACGAGCUCUGCUGCUAUGGAUUCUGCUGCGGGUUCUGCCCCAAGCGAUAUGAUAGAGGCAGAUACGGAUCAUGAUGGUUACGAGUGUCCCACCAACCCUGCUGCAGACAGUGGCCUGUCAACACAGUGACUCCUUCCGUGUACUGCUAUAGCUGUGUCCUCAAAAUAUCUGCGUGCAAGAGAAACACUCGAGCAUUUUUUUUGAUAUUUCCACACUUGUGUGUUUGAGUGGAUUCUGAGUUAUACUAUUACUUUCUUUUUGAAUGACUAUUUGUUUUGCAUCUUCGUCUUUCAUCCAGUGUCACGUUCCGUUUGUGGAACUCACUUUGAAAGUGUCUCCAGGAAUGUCAGCCGGUCAGUUUUGUAUUUUUUUUGGUAUAUCCUCAGCUACAGUGUUCUAGAUUCGCUGUUUCUUGUUUGUUACGAUAAACUUCACUCUUUUUCUCCUCUUCCGCUUAAAAAAAACUAUUUUUCGCUUCCCACCAGGGAGCAGUGACAUCAUGACCAAGGUAUUUUUACUACUA